UUCUCCUCCUCCCCUUCUCUUCUCCAUUUCCUUCCACCAAAUCCGCCACCGUGAUCCGCCACCAACCGCCGGUCAAUCCCCGGCCAUGGCCUCCACUUCCGCCGCCGCCUGCCCGUGGGACGCGCUCCCGGAGCACCUCCAUGAGCGCAUCCUCUCCCUCCUUCCGCUCACCGCGCUCAUCCCCGUCGCCGCCGUCUCCCGGGCACUCCGCCGCAUCCUUCUCUCCCCGGCCUUCCACGCCCUUCUCUCUGACCACCGCCUCGACGCCUUCUUCCUCCUCUCCCCGCGCCUCGCCUUUCACCCGCUCUCCCGCCGCCUCCUCCAGGUACCCAUCUUCGAUUCAUCUCGGUCGUCUCCUCCCCCUCCCCUCGUCUCAUGCGCCUCCCCCUCCCUCAUCGUCACCGCCGCCUCGCUCCACCACCUCCCGCCGCUCCCCGACCGCUCCUACCUCAUCGCCGUCAUCGUCUCCUCCUCCACCAGACGGGAUUACUCGCUCGUCGCCGUCACCACCGGAGCCGCGGUCCGCUCCUACACCAUAAACUCCGCAGAUCCCUCCCCUCAGUGGGUGCCACGGGGCGAGCUCGCGCUGCCAUUCGCGCUUCUUGGCAACGCCGCGGUUGCCAGCGACCGUGCUCGGCUCUUCGUGCUCGGCCGUGGCCCGGACGCUCUUCUGGUGCUCGAUCUCGUGACGGGUGAAUGGGUUGUGCCGCCGGUUGCCAUGCCCGACGGCCUUACCACAGCACACCUGUUUGUUCUUGAUGAUCGGCUGUUCUUGUUAGGCGGAGUGGAGAUCCUCGGGGUGCUGGAGCGGAUAGUGGUGUUUCAGUUGGACGACGGGGCGGCAGUGGGAGGAUGGCUGGAGGUAGCCACGAUGCCAACGGAGAUGUUCGAUGAGUUAGUGGCUGGCAGGCAUGGCAGUUUCUGGCACUUUCAGGCUGCAGACAGGAUGGGGAUUGUUUGCCUGUACAAUGCCGUGGAUGGGAGGCUGGUGAUGUUUGAUGCCGUGGACUGCGCGUGGACGAAGAUGCCACGGGUCUCUGGGUUGGACUCUGAGCAGAGUUGCCGGUGGUUUGGCCAUGUUCGGGAGCCAGGUGUCGAACUUUUGCUGGGACAACGCCGCCGACGGUUGGUUUCUUGACCUCCAUGUUUCGGUGCAAUUCUGGACCCGAGCAACUUCAGAUCAUGUUCCCUGAACCAUGAUGCAAAUUUCUGUUUGUAAGUAGGAAUAACAACUGGUUCUGCUACGCUGCAACUCUCUCAAAUCAAACCACCGCUGCAUAUGGAAGGGCAAGUGGAAUAUAAGCCUGGUGAAUCUAAGGAUGAACGGCUCUGCUUGGUUUGCGCAGUUAAACUUGGGCUUGUUGUUUGGUUCUGGAGACCCGACGAACGACGAUGGUGUUGAUAGAUGGAUGCUGCACAAGACCUUUCUGCUGCAGGAUUGUGUGGAUGAAGAUGUUUAUUUGUAUACUUUCUGUGAGGUGCGUCCAAGUUCUUGUCAGUUCAUGUGCUUCUGCCUUGAAACAAAGGAGCUGGAUGGUGUUCCCUCCUUCAUUGGUAUGCAAUAAGGUGAGCCCUCAACCCAAAGAGGCUUGACUAGAUGAACGAAGAGAACUUGAACUAGAUAAUGCUAUUUGUACUCUAUACAUUGUUUUCUCACUGUAGAAUAAACCACCAAGAUGUCCCAGUGCUGUUGGCAAUGUUAGUCAUUUGUCUAACCUUGUCAUAUGUCAUUAAUAGCUGAUGUGAUAAUGUUAUUUCUAACUGCAAAAAGGCUGAAGCUUACUUCUGUGCUUGGAAGAAGUGUUCUCUGGGAAAUAACAAUAUUUCCUGUGCUAAAUGGAAACUCACUUGGUUCCCAUUUACUCUUUCAGCAAGAUUUCCUAAGUUGUCUUGGAUCCUUAUAUCUUCAGUUUGCUCUCUGUCCUAAAUGUUGAGCAACAUGUUGACCUCACCAUGUAUCUGUAGCCUUUAACAUGUCAAUAACGUUAUGCAAAGGACCAAAGGCAGAACUUGCAAUAUUAGUUUAGGAUUGAACUAAACAGAAUUAGCUAGAUAUUACUUUGCAUUACUAUUCUCAUGUAUACAUACUCAGUAUUCUAUUUAUACAACUGGUCAUUUGGAAGUAUCGUGUUGGCCUACCUAUUUGGAGCAAGCCCAGAUUUGGACUUUUCUCACUGUAGAAUAAACCAAUAUGUCCCAGUGUUGUUUGCAAUGUUCAGUCAUUUGUGUGCCAUUUCAUAUAGCAUUAAUAGCUGGCAUGAUAGUGUUUGUUUGUGACAAGAAAACGGCUGAAGUUUACUGUAUGCUUUGAAGAAGUAUUUUCUGGGGAUUAACAAUAUUUCCUGAAUGGCAGAUGAGAACUAAGUUGGUUCACACUUACUCUUUUAGCCUGAUUUGAUAAGUUCCUUUGAAUCGUUAUAUCUUCACUUUGUUCUCUGUCCUAAAUGUUAAGCAACAUGUUGACCUAUACAUGUCAAGAAAAAAGAACCAUGUAACUGUAACCACGUAUCAAUAACGCUGUGCAAAGGACCAAAGGUACAACUUGCAAGAUCAGUUUAGUAAUGAACUACACGAAAUUAGCUAGAUAUUACUUUGCAUUACUAUUCUCAUGCUAACAUAGUACAUGGUAUUCUAUCUGUUCAACUGGUCAUUUGGAAGUAUCGUGUUGGCCUAGCUAUGUGGAGCUUUGAUGAUCAAGCAGGCAGGUUGAGAAGCCUAGAAUCUACUGGUCUUGUAAUCAGGCCAUGUUUUAUAAGGAACACAGUCUGAAAUUCGAACUGCUGCCUCCAUCACCUUCACACCUUGAAUCGUCGGUAUAAGAUUCUGCUAUGCUGUGUGGAUUUGUUUCAUGUAGAAUGUUGUGACAGUGGGUUUCCUGUAGAUGACACUAAUACCCCAUUUUCUGUCCCAUUGCAUGUCAGUGCAAUGGUUUUCUCACCAAGUGCUUGUGUGCUCUGCAUAGUAUAAUUAACCUGCCAGCCAGAGAGCCCCUCCCACCUCCUCCUCGCCUUCUCCCGUUUCCAUUUCCUUCCACCAAAUGCUUGAUCUCGUGACGGGUGAAUGAAUUGUGCUGCCGGUUGCCAUGCCCCACGGCCUUACCACAGCACACCUGUUUGAUCUUGAUAAUCGGCUGUUCUUGUUAGGUGGAGUGGAGAUCCUCGGGGUGCUGGAGCAGAUAGUGGUGUUUUAGUUGGACGACAGAGAGGCAGUGGGAGGAUGGCUGGAGGUAGCCACGAUGCCAACCGAGAUGUUCAAUGAGUUGGUGGCUGGCAGGCACAAGAGUUUCUGGCAGUUUCAGGCUGCGGACAGGAUGGGGAUUGUUUGCCUAUACACUGCCGUGGACGGGAGGCUGGUGAUGUUCGAUGUCGUGGAUUGCGCGUGGACGAAGAUGCCACGGGUGUCUGGGUUGGAUGCCGAGCAGAACUGCCGGUGGUUUAGUCAUGUUUUGGAGCCAGACGUCGAACUCUUGCUGGGACAACCCCGCCGACGGUUGCUUUCUUGACCUCCAUGUUUCGGUUCAGUUCUGAACCUGAGCAACUUCAGAUCAUGUUCCCUGAACCAUGAUGCAAAUUUCUCUUUGUAAGUAGUAAUAACAACUGGUUCUGCUACGCUGCAACUCUCUCAAAUCAAACCACCGCUGCAUAUGGAAGGGCAAGUGGAAUAUAAGACUGGUGAGUCUAAGGAUGGCCGGCUCUGCUUGGUUUGCACAAUUAAACUUGCGCUUGUUGUUUUGGUCUGGAGACCAGACAACUGACGACGGUGUUGAUAAAUAGAUGCUGCAUACGACAUUUCCGCUGCAGGAUUGUGUGGAUGAAGAUGUUUAUUUGUCUACUUUCUGUGAGACGCGUCCAAGUUCCCGUCAGUUCAUGUGCUUCUGCCUUGAAACAGAAGAGCUGGAUUACCUCCACACUGUCACUCACUCUGAUAUUUCCUAGCCCUGCGUCAUGGCGUUCCCUUCAUUGGUAUGCAAUAAGGUGAGUCCUCAAUCCGAAGAGGCUUGACUAGAUGGAAUAAGAAAACUUGAACUGGAGAAUGUUAUUUCUACUCUAUAUUGUUUUCUCACUGUAGAUUAAACCAAGAUGUCCCAGUGUUGUUGGGAAUGUUUAGUCAUUUGUGUAACCUCGUCAUAUAUCAGUAAUACUUCUGAAAUUUGCUCAAGAUAGCCCUUGAAUUGCUCGGCAUACGAAUAUGUUAUACUGUGUAGAUUUAGUUCAUGUAGGAUAUUGUGACAGCAGGAUUCCUACUUGCAGCAGAAAUGCUCCAUUUGUAUCCAAUGGCAUAUGCAAUGAUUUUCUAACCAAGCGCACUGUCUCAUCUUCUAACUUGAACCAUUUU